CAGAGCCGCGCGUGGUUUUCAAACCGGCGGCGCGCGGGAGGCGGCGGGACCGAACCGGGAACCGGCACCGAGACCGGCCCGAACCCAACCCCAACCCAGCGGGACCAGAGCCUGCGGUAGUCGAGACAGAGAUCAACAUCGGGAGCGGGGCCGGGAGCAUUCCCGGGCCAUGCAGCGCGCCAAGACUCCCGCCGCGCAGAAGCGGCCGCGGCGAACCCCGCUGCAGGAGCUGAAGCUGCAGUCGGGCGCCGACCGGACCUGCCUGACCCCCCUGCUCCGCCGGCUGCGGCUCAAGGACCAUGACUGCUCCCCAGUGUCCUGCGCCCGGGGGCCCCGCAACAGCGUCACCGCGGUGCCUUGCAGCCCAGGACCUCCCCGAAGUGCUCCCCUGGGCCCCCCCAGCACCCCCAAGACCUCCACCCGGGGACUCAGGACUCCCGUUCUUAAGCCUGAUACCUCUGAGGCUCCCAGCAAUGCCACCCUUAUUCCUGGUGCCUUGGAGACCUCCAGCAGCACCAGCCCAGAGGCCUCUGGCAGUUCUAUCCCAGUGUCCAGCACACCAGAGCACCCUGACAACACUGUGCCAGCCCCCCUGUGCAGUCCAGUCCUGGGGCCAAGCAUGCCAGAGCCUCCCAGCACCACUGUGCCAGCCUCUGUGUGCAGCUCCAUCCCAGUGACCAGCACCCCAGAACCAGCGAGCAGCACCAUGCCAGCUUCUGUGUGCAGCACCAUCCCAGUGACCAGCACCCCAGAACCAGCCAGCAGCACCAUGCCAACUUCUGUGUGCAGCUCCAUUCCAGUGCCCAGCACCCCAGAACCAGCCAGCAGCACCAUGCCAACUUCUGUGUGCAGCUCCAUUCCAGUGCCCAGCACCCCAGAACCAGCCAGCAGCACUAUGCCAACCUCUGUGUGCAGCUCCAUCCCGGUGCCCAACACCUCGGAGGCCUCCAGCAGCACCAUUCCAGUUCCCCUGUGCAGCUCCAUCCCGGUGCCCAGCACCCCCGAGCCAGCCUGCAGCACCAUCCCAAUGUCCAGCAUCCCAGAGCCCUGCAGCAGCACCAUGCCAGUUCCCCUGUGCAGCUCUAUCCCUGUGACCAGCAUCCCAGAACCAGCCAGCAGCCCCAUGCCAACCUCUGUGUGCAGCUCCAUUCCAGUGCCCAGCACCCCAGAGGCCUCCAGCAGCACCAUUCCAGUUCCCCUGUGCAGCUCCAUCCCGGUGCCCAGCACCCCUGAGCUAGCCUGCAGCACCAUCCCAGUGACCAGCAUCCCAGAACCAGCCAGCAGCACCAUGCCAGUUCCCCUGUGCAGCUCUAUCUCAGUGCCCAGCACCCCCAAGCCCUCCAGCAGCACCAUUCCAGUUCCCCUGCGCAGCUCCAUCCCAGUGUCCAGCACCCCAGAGCCCUCCAGCAGUACCCUGCCAGUCUCCCUGUGCAGCACCAUCCCAGUGGUUGGCACCUUGGAGUUCCCUGGCAGCACUAUGAGCAGCCUUGUCCUGGGGCCCUGCACCCUGGAAUCCCCUGGCAGCCCCACCCCAAGGCUCCCCAAUAUUAUUAGCUCAGUGUCUUGCAACCCAAACUCUCCAGGCAGCUCUGCUCUACACCCCUGCAGCUCUGGGUCCCCUGGCAAUGCCAGCACAGCCUCCUGCACCCCAGGGCCCCCUGGCACCAGCUCCACUCCACAGAAAGCUCCUUUCCACGGGUGGCGAGCAGCACCUCCAGACUUUUCCUGCAGCCUUCUGACCUCUGAGCCUCCAUCUGCAAAUGGGAGUGCUGAUCCUCUGAAUUGCCAAGGCACCCCUGAGGGAGCCGAAUUCCCCGCCCCUGUCCCUCUAGAACAAAGCCCACCUGGCCUCCCUCCCAUUGAGGCCAGUGGGUUGGAGCCUGCAGGAUCAGAAGCCACUCUCACCCCUGUCACCUCGCCUGAAUCAACCCUGGGUGCUGUGUCCUGGAUGUUGCCACUGGUGUGGCUGGAGAAGACCCUCAACAGCUCUUUCCUGGUGGAAUCCCUGAGGCACAGCCUGCCCCUCCGCAAGCUGCAGCAGGACGCCAGCAGCAGUGUCACCCCAGUGCCCACCAUGGCCACAGGCACCAGCACGACCCCAGUGCCCACCAUGGCCACAGGCACCAGCACGACCCCAGUGCCCACCAUGGCCACAGGCACCAGCACGACCCCAGUGCCCACCAUGGCCACAGGCACCAGCAUGACCCCAGUGCCCACCACAGCCUUUGGGACCAGCAUGACCCCAGUGCCCACCAUGGCCACGGGCACCAGCAUGACCCCAGUGCUCUCUGUGGCCACUGGCACCUUCACAACACCUCGGGACGUGUGGGAGAGGAGCAUGAACACAUCCAGGGGAAACGUCCCCUGUGCCAAGGACAGCGCUGCAGAAACAGACUCCCUGCUCUGGCACUGUCCCCGGGAGCAGCUGAAGACCCUGCCGCGGGCAGAGCUGGAGGGGAGACUGGAGAGCACCCUCAUCAUCAUCGAAGCGCUCUCGCUGCAGCUGCGGGACUGGCAGGAGAGCCAGCGGCUGCGGCCGAGCGUGGGGCUGGCCAGGCAGAGGGAUGCGCUCACACAGACGGACACCAUCCACUCUGAAGGGCGGGAGCAGGAGAGGACCCUGGUGUCCCAGGCUGUGCUUGAGAGUGCUCCCAGCAAGGGGCAGAGCUGCCUGGAAGAGCAGGAUACCAUCAGGCAGCGAGUGGAUGAAGCCCUACGGGCCAAGGAUCAGGAAUAUCUCUUCCUGGAGGCUUUCUUUGCCCAUGCCAGUGCUGAGAUCAGUGCCCGUGACCAGAGCCUGGCCUCCCAGCAAGAGCUGAGCACACAGCUGGCCCAUGCCACCAACCUGCAGGCAUCCCUGUCUGCUGAGGCACAGUCUUUCCGACAGUUCUUAGACGUCACUUUUGAAAAUCUGGAGAAGGAAAGGAGAGCCUUGGAUGAGGAGCGGGAGCAGAUGAGAGCCCUGGUGUUCCAGUCCCGUGCCCUGUUGGAGCGUGUGCCCGGCAAGCUGCGGAGCUGCCUGGAGGAGCUGGCUGCCACACGGGAACGAGCAGAGGAAGCUCUACAAGUCAAAGAGGAGGUAUCUUGCCAGCUGGAGAAGACCUUGGUGACCCUGCAGGACACAGAGGCUCAGCUACAGCAGCUGACAGUGGCUAACUCACGCCUGGGCAAAGACCUGAGCUCUGUGACAAUAAAGCUGGCCAGCACGGAGCAGGAGCGGGAUGCGCUGCAGCAGGAGAACGAGAAGCAGUGGGAGGAGAUGGCCCAGCUGGCGCAGGGGAGGAACUCCCUGCAGCAGGAGUGCAAGCAGCUGUGUCUGGAGCUGCGGGAGGCCGCCGAGUGCCGGGAGUUCCUGGAUCAGGAGAACCAAAUGUGCCGCACGCAGCUGCAGGAGGUGGAGGCCAGACUGAACUCCACACUGGCCAGGCUGCAGCAGCGCGUCCUGCAGCACGAGGAGCUGAUGGAGACCCACCAACGCCUGUGGGAAGAGCAGAUUGCCCUCAGCAAGGAGCUGGACAGCACCAAGGCCGAGCUCCUCAGCUUGCAGACAAAGAGGAACAAAGUAUAUUGGUGCUCCACUGACAUUAUGGAGAGCAAGAUGCGGUUGCAGGAGCUCGCUGACUGCCUCAAAGCUGCUCUGGAAGAGCAGGAUGAUCGUGAUGCUCCAUCGAGAAGCAAAGCCUGGACCCCGGGCCCCCGGACCCCGGGCUGGCAGACCCCACGCCGUGCCUGGACCCCGGCCUUCCGCACCCCGGUGUGCCGCACCCCGCACCACGCCAGCAGCUCCUUCGUGGGCAGCGUCCUGAAAGCUGCAGCAGGGAAAGAUGCCAAUGAAACCACCAUCAGUGGGAGUACAGUUGCCAAGGACAAACUUGGGUCUGUGCAAAAGCCAACAGAUCCUGAGGACACUCUGCUGGAGAGCGUGAAGGAGCUGAGAGCUGUGGUCUCCAACCUUGCCAUGCUGAGCACCCGCAUCCAGGAACUGGAGCAGAGCGAGUUCAGGGCACUGCAGACAGAGAUCUCUGACCUGCAGCUGCGCCUGGAGACACUGACAGCUGAGAGCCAGGAGAAGGUGGAUACCCAGGCUGCCACCAUUGCCAAACUGAACAAGGCACUGAGGACCAAGCUCGAGAAUGAGAAGGAGCUGCAGGAUGCGGUGAAGCAGCAGGAAGAGAAGAUGUUGCAAUUCAUCGACAAGAGUGGGGAAGUCACGAGACUGAAGGCAGAAGUGUCCCACCUGAAGUGCUUGCUCCAGCGUGCAGAGACAGAGGCCAAGGUGCUGUGGGAGGAGAUGAGGGACAAGGAGCACCAGGUGGACACUGCCUACGUCCAGGAGCGGGUCAUGCUGCGGCAGGAGGUGGAUAAACUGACGCUGAUGCUUGUGGAAAAAGAAAAUGAGAAUAUACGGCUCACUAACAAGUACCUGGAGCAGAUCCGAGGGCUGGAGAUGAAACUCCAUCGUACCCAGAAAGUGCUGAGGACCCAUGAGGAGAUGCAGGAGAACAUAAAAGAGGUCCUGUUGACUGUCCCUGCGGUCCUGGGCUGCCAGGAGCUCCAGAGCCUGCUGCGCAACCUGGGCCUGAAGCCAGCCAGCAAGGAAGCUGCUGAGCCGCUAUAGCCUGUAGCCUGAAACCUUUCCUGUUGUUAAUGUUGUAAUUAUUUAUUGAAUAAAGUUGUGUUGGCUUUUA